AUGGGGGGGGGGGGGAACCUCCCGCCCUGCACCCUCACAUCUCCCAAGGUCGGGAAGCCCAGGAGCUCGGAGAAGACUCUCCAAGGAGGUGGCCAGCAUGGCAGGAGCCCCGGGAGAGUGACUGGCCAAAGAAGCUUUGAAAGACGUUUCCCUCUACUUCUCCAGGGAGGAGUGGGCAGAGAUGGGAGACUGGGAGAAAGUCCGGUACCCAAACGUGAAGAGCAACUUCGAGGUGCUCCUCAGCCUAGGUAUUGUACAGGCACUGGGCGGGAGGAGCCCGGUGAACCCGAAAGGCUGCUGGGCUGGCUCCAGCUCAGGUGGCUCCAUCCGCCUGCAGCUCCUUCCUGCAUGGUCACCAGUCAGGGGGAAUUUGCUCCUUUGGGUCAGAGCAGGGCUGGCACUGGUGGUGCAGUGCUCACAGCAACUCCUUGUAGACUCUCCCAUCCCAUCAGAGCCAGUCACAUGGGCUUCCUGGUGCUUUUUCCUCCUCCAAGCUCUUUGCUUUCAGGGCCCCUCCACCAGCUUUCGUGUGUCACCACAGGCACGCCACCGAGCUCCAGCAAGAGGACUCUGGUGAAGAAUGGACUCCAAGGCAGCAAGGGGAGAGGCAGGAGGAGCCAGAGCUGCACUCCUGACAUGGACCUGGUUUAGGUCAGGGUGCAUCUCAGGAGUUAAGCAGGGAAUAGGGUUUGCCUGUCAAGAAAACAAGCAAGAUGCAAAAAGUAUAUCGUACAGUCAUGGGCUAUUCCUGUAAACUUUCUUUACUGUGGCUUUUAA